AUGAGGGGGGCUGACUGGCCACGGUCCCACAAGCACACGCCGCACUCAGGCCAGCAGACGGGCCUACACAGUUUCGACUCUGGGAAGGCGGAAGAGAUGCAGCGCACACGAACCAACAGCUGCGCAAUUGAGGGUCAUCGAGGCCAACGCCUCUGCAUGCCCCUCGUAUUCGGCAGGUUCUGGGACUCGAGCCCUCUGGAGCUGAACGAAGCGAACCAUGCACCAAGGAGGCGGAAGAGGAGGAGGAGGAGGAAAGGGAGGCGAAAGAAAACCCACAAGGCGAAUGAUACGUUUCCCCUGUGA